AUGGUAUCGUCCAAGGGCGCAAAAUGCUCUUUGGAGCAACUAAAGUCUAUUACUCAAAACACUAAAAGCCUCCUCUCACAGCUGGAAGCCGUCCUCCAUGCUAUCGCAGUCGACAAAACCGUUGCAACUACCCCGCCACCACCGUCGUCGAACCCACCGCAAUCCGUCGAUGCCUUGGCUCUGGCCCACGAUUCCGCAAGCCUCAUCAAGGCACAUACAACCAGAGUGUCCCUACUAAUCAUCAACGAACCAUUUACCCCUUCCGCCAUCAUCAAGGUCCUGAACGAGCUCGUCGCCGGCCCAAUACCCGGCAUCGCAUCGGCAGUACAAGCUUGCGAGGCGGAGAAAUACACAUCUGUCGCAAGACAAGAUCUAGCAUGGAGAUGCUAUCGUGUGCUCAAAGAACUGAGGUGCUUGGUUGACGCGAUACCUCUGGACGGGAAAGUUCUGUCAGUGGUUAAGAAAAAUGGCGCGAACGGGGACGUUGGCAGCAUCACAGCGACCGGCGUCAUCUGGGCCGCUUGCGACGAUGUGAUCCUGCUCAAGAGCCUGGGUAUCGGCGGGCUACUAGUGAAGAAGGUAGAACAGUAUCGAGAUACCUUGAAAGAUGUCCUGGAAGAGUUGAAGGAGUGGAAAGAAGAGGGCGAGAAUGAGGAGGCAGACGAGAACGACCAGGUGGAAUAUGUCACGAACCAUCUGGAAACCACUCACAUAUCAACACAGGACAUGCUCGAUGAUUUCAUGAGUACCCAGCAUAUACCACGUGACGACCCCGAGAAGAUCCGAGAACGCCUCGACUCGUGUAUGAAGAGACUACGGCUCACUACACUACUCUGCUCCGCGAUUAUUAAGCGCAGGCUCAAAACACUGCCGCCUGUACCUACAAAUACUCCAGCGUCGGUGACGAAACGGCUAGACGAAGUGUUUCCUGUGCUCAAGCGCAUGGUGGAAGGUUUCAACGAGGUGGCAUGCGCAUUUUAUGAGAUGGAGCCGGACGCCAUUGACCGCACUAUGGACGCGUGCUUCUUCGACGCUUUUGCAGCUUCGGAGAUGAUGAUGAGUCCAUGGGAAGGACAGAAGGACGAAUUCGCGGAAUGGGCGGAAAAGUUCCAAGUCGGCAUCAAGAAGCCUGAUUAG